UUGUUGGUCAGUGCUGGUUCUGAUCCAGAAUUGAUAAAGAGGAUGGUGGUGAAGAUCGUAAUAAAGCUGAAAGAUUGUCUCAAAGCCUGACAUGUGCUCUAUUCGUCUUGAGAUGAAAGAUAUGGAAGUCCUGGAAAUGUAACAAAAGAGUAUAAUGAGUUUUCAGAAUUCUUUUUUAAAACAUAUGCUGUGGGCAUUCAGCAGGUGCUACUCAAGCUGGUAGAUCAGUACCGACAGAAACAGUAUGUUGCACCUCGUGUACUGCAGCAAGUCCUUAAUUACCUGAAUCAAGGUGUCAACCACUCUCUCACAUGGAAACAAAUGAAGCCACACAUUCAGAGCAUUUCUGAAGAAGUAGCCUUCCCGUUGAUGUGUUACAAAGAUGAAGAUGAGGAGCUAUGGCAGGAGGAUCCGUACGAAUACAUUCGAAUGAAAUUUGAUGUAUUCGAGGACCAUGUCUCUCCAACCAUUGCAGCCCAGAACUUCCUUUACACUGCUGCAAAGAAAAGAAAGGAGGUUUUGCCAAAGAUGAUGAGCUUUUGUUACCAGAUCUUGACAGACCCAAGUGGUGAUCCUCGCAAGAAGGAUGGAGCACUGCAUGUAAUCGGUUCCCUGGCAGAUAUUCUGCUGAAAAAAAACAUGUACAAGGGCCAAAUGGAAUUGAUGCUUCAGAAUUAUGUAUUUACACUCUUUAACUCGAAUCUAGGCUAUCUCCGAGCUCGGGCCUGUUGGGUUCUUCAUUCAUUUUGCAAUCUAAAGUUCACAAAUGAUCUUAACUUGAGAAAUGCUGUUGAGUUGACAAAGAAGAGUUUAAUUGAAGAUAAAGAAAUGCCAGUCAAAGUAGAAGCUGCCAUUGCUUUGCAGACGCUUAUUAGUAACCAAGAUCAAGCUAAGGAAUAUAUAAAACCAUCGGUUAGGCCAGUAAUGCAGGAACUGCUCCACAUUGUCCGGGAAACUGAAAAUGAUGAUCUCACCAAUGUCAUUCAGAAGAUGAUAUGUGAAUACAGUGAGGAGAUGACCACUAUUGCUGUUGACAUGACACAGCAUUUA